GGAGCUGUACGUGCCGUUACGUAAGUUGGUAGCCUCAAAAUACUCCGAGAGCGAUGCACAAAAAGUUGAAAGCGUUCUCGAAACCCUAAACAAAUGCCGCCGGGACAUGGUGGAGCGUAGAGCGGACCUCUCCCUUCCCAUGCAACGUGACUGCCUCAUCCACUACUUCAAAUGCCUUUCCAUGGUUGAGCCACUCUUCACCUCUAUCUCUUCCGACGCCGACCCCAUUCUCUUUGUCUGGUACGACGCCUUCAACCCUGACCAUCAAGAUGGGGUCCCCUCACAGCUUAAGGGCAUCCAAUUGGAGAAGGCCGCUGUUGUCUUCAACCUCGGAGCCAUCUACAGCCAGAUUGCUGCCUCUUGCGACCGUACCACCGCCCUUGGCCGUCACCUUGCAAUCGAAGCCUUCAAAGUUGCCGCCAAUUUCUUCCGCAAACUCGGGCAGUUUUUUGCCAACGACGUGGUCUCCGCCACCCUCGAUUUAACUCUCCUCUUCGCCGAUUUUCUGCACCUCCUCUUCUCCGCUCAGGCUUCCGAGCUCGAAUUACACGAACUCCUCAACAAAAACGACGCCAGUUACGCUUUCCAACAACACCGAUGUGCCCUAGCGUUUAUAUCGGUUUAUGAGCUUCAUCGUAGAGCGUAUGAAACGAUAAGGAAUGAUUCGGCUGCAUGGAAACAUUUCCGCUCUUUUGACCGAACCUGGUUAACUCAUCUUAAAAAGAAGGUGACAUUCUUAUACGCGGAGGCUCGUCAGAGGGAAUCAUCCAUCCUACCCCAAUCCGAGCGACCUCAUGUUUGUUCAAGGGUCGAUUCUUGUGCUCUUGAUCAUGAUGCAGAAUGUGUCACUGAGAUAUUAGUUAGAGGGAUUUGCUCGACGAAAACCCAGCCAUUCGAAAUACAAAUCCGAAUGUACGUUGACCUCAUCCUCUCCGAGUACAAUCCUUUCAAGAUUAUGAAGGAUGGAAAGUUGGUGGCUUACCCAUGGGAUAUGCCUCCUCCUUAUCCAACAGAUUCGGCGAUCCUCUCAUCUUCGAUGUCUUCUUCGUCCUUGUCGGAUAUUCUUGGAUCCCUUCCUUUGAAGAAGACUGAGCCCUUGAAUCUCUAUGAGUCCUUUGGAAACUUGGUGGCUUACCCAUGGGAUAUGCCUCCUCCUUAUCCAAUAGAUUUGGCAAUCCUCUUAUCUUCGUUGUCUUCUUCGUCCUUGUCGGAUAUUCUUGGAUUCCUUCCUUUGAAGAAGACUGAGCCCUUGAAUCUCUAUGAGUCCCUGCGCAGUUACUUUGUCCUCAAAUACUCUGAGAGCGUGGCAAACAGAGUAGAAGGCCUUCUCCAAAUGCUACACAAAUUGCGCAAUGAGAUGCUGCGUGAUGACCUUUCGCUACCCCUUCGCCGUGACUGCCUCAUCCUUUAUUUGAAAUACCUUUGCAUGAUUGAGCCUGUUUUCCCUAUGAAUGCCUCACCCAACCCACCUAUCUUUGUUUGGUACAAUGCCAUCAUCCCUCAUCAGCACUCUUCUCAGCAUAACAUCCAUUUGGAGAAGGCCUCUGUUCUCUUCAACCUGGGAUCCCUCUGCACCCGCAUUGCUCUCUCCUGCGAUCUCACCACCAUCCAUGGCCUUCGCCUUGCCAUGGACGCCUUAAAUGAUGCUUCACGUUGGCUCACUCGACUGAGAUACUGUGAGUCUCGCCUGGCAUCUGGCACGACUGACUUGUCAGAACACUACAUCAAUAUGAUAAUCCGUCAGUUUGCCCGCUUGAAAUCGAAGUUUCCUUGUCCCCAAUCUGUUGAAUCAUCAUCACCUAGAUAUCGUGCCUACUCAGCUUAUGAUCCGGUCAAAUAUGAGCUUUUGGCUUAUGAUCCAAGUGAUGUCACUGAACAAUUUCUUUUGGGAUAUUGUAAGGGUUAUUCCAUGGUUCAAGAGGUAUGUGAAAGAGGAUUGCCAUGGGAAACACCACCAUGCUUGGACCUUCUCUCUGAGGUUAGCCCUGUCAAGAUUAAGGAUGGAAAUCUUGUGGCCAAUGCAACCUUAGAGGCACCAAAUUCAGCAUUGGAGAACAUGAGCUUGCAGGAGACGACACUAUAGUAACAUUACCGUUGAAAAAAGCUUUAGGACUUAACUUUUUUACUUUGUUGGUUGAUGCUAGAACUUUGAUCUCCUAGUUAUUGCGUGUUAUUGUUGCAUAUCCGUAAACUGAACUUAUUCAGUGUUUCCAAUUUCCAUCAAUGCCUAGGGAUUUUAAACAAGCAAAUAAUAUUGUUUCAUUUAGAAUGAACUUCUGCUUUGGAAAGAUGUGAAUGAACUUGUUUCCUCUUCAGAAAAGGAUAUCAUCGACCAACUAUAUGUGAGCAUGUUAUGAUGCCAUUGCUUGGUUCUAAGUAUGUUGGUGCUGGAGUAUGUAUCACAUAAAUGUAAUAGUUGCUCCAGCAUUGUUUGUUUCA